AGAAACUCCGCUCGUCUAGAUUGGCCUUUGAGUGGACCCCUGGCGGCACACUAUCGUCCACUUGCUCUGCCCUGCACGUCGCUACUGCAAGUGCUCUUCCAAUUAACCAGGAAAAGCUCAGCGUCUCGAAGAGAGACCACACGGUUGACAUCCUGCACGCCCGACCACCAUCACGCAGAAUAGAGCAAACCCAAAACGAAUCGAAAAAAGUGCCGUGAGGUGCUGAUUGGCCAAUUCGCCCGGCUACGUGCAGCUGACUCCCACACCGAGGAAAAGGCACACCGGCACCGACUGCCGCGCUCGCUCUUGCUUCCCACAUGGCCAACCUCAAUUCGCCCACAGGAAAGACCUUCGUAGUUGAACACUUGGACCCCGAACUGGAAGAGUGGUCCUCCCUCGAAUACUUCGCCAUAGCCUCAGAGUGCCAUGAAUCCGGGGCUCAGUUCUUGCUGUCUUCUGUGCCUCAGUCAUUGGAACUCCCAGAACGCCUACAGCAGGCCAAAAGCUUAAAGGUCGAGACGAGGGGUAUUGAGGAAAUCUACGCAAAUCAGAAAGAUAGAGUAUGUCUGUUAGAUCCUGCAGCUUCCAGAGACUUGAGCCCAGAUGAUGGUGACACAUUUGAUAUUUUUCUGUUCGGUGGCAUUCUUGGAGACGAUCCGCCCAGAGAUCGAACCUCGGAGCUGCGCAAGAAGGGCUAUCAGGGACGUCGGUUGGGGCCUGUACAGAUGACGACAGAUACUGCGGUUCGUGUUACUAGGAUAGUCGUUCAGGAUAGAGUUGCCGUGGACAAAAUCCCAUCUGUGGACCACCCAGAGUUGAAAAUCAACGAGAACGAAAGUACGGAAAUGCCGUUUCGAUAUGUAUUGGGAAAAGAUGGUCAACCGAUUAUGCCAGAGGGAAUGGUGGAUCUCAUCAAGAAGGACUCGGAAAAGGGACUAAGCGAUCUCUUAUAAGGCCUCUACUCGCUAUAAGUGACAAAGCCGUGGGAACGGUUGGGGGGGAGGGCAAUGCCGUCAACAUGAUCCUGCGCCACUGUGGCACGCAGCUUUCCACGAGAAUUACAGAAGGAUACCUGAUCUGG